CUUGUCUUCAUCACAACUUAAGCCUUCAACCAUGCUCGUGGAAUUACGCUCACGAGUCAUGAACUCGACUGUGUUUGAGACUAUCAAAACUGCACUCUUCGUGUAUGUUCUCCUGACGCAUUCGCUCAAGGCGCAGCGACAUCUGCGUGCUCGGGGAUUCCGGCAAACAAUUGCGGACUUCUGGUCGUGGAUAUGUCAGCGUGUCAUUCUGCUUGCUCUUCGUUUCCCAGCCGCAAAGAAGAAAGUUGACUCACAACUUGGCGAAGCGCAACUCAAGAUUGAGAACUCGCUUGUAGCUAAAGGUCCUGAUGUCGUUCGCCACCUCGCAUUACCUAUAGAGGGCAGAAGUCCAGAAUGGAUUAUGCAAGAAAUGGACAAGAUGGAUAGCGAGUCGAAGAACGCUGACUGGAAAGGCGGGCGCUUGUCUGGCGCUGUUUAUCAUGGCGGUGAAGACAUGGAACAAGUAAUUGUUAAUGCAUUCCGAAAGUACUGUGUUUCAAAUCCUCUGCAUCCGGACGCUUUCCCUGCUGUAAGGAAAAUGGAGGCAGAGAUUGUAGCAAUGUGCUUGCGCAUGUACAACAAUCCAGAUGGCGCAGGAGUAACUACAAGUGGCGGGACGGAGAGCAUUAUCAUGGCUGUCAAGGCACACCGAGAGUGGGCACAUGCAGUGAAAGGAAUCAUAGAGCCAGAGAUGGUCAUACCUAUAACCGCUCACGCAGCCUUCGACAAGGCAGCAGCAUAUUUGAAGAUCAAACUACAUACGAUUCCUGUAGACUUCAAGACGCGCAAGGUCAACGUGUCGAGGAUGAGGCGUGCCAUAAACUCUAAUACCAUUAUGAUUGUUGGGUCUGCGGUGAACUUCCCCGAUGGAAACAUGGACGAUAUUCCCGCACUCUCGGCGUUAGCGAAGCGAUAUAACAUCGGCUUACACGUUGACUGCUGCCUCGGAAGCUUCAUCGUGCCCUUCCUCGACCGCGCAGGCUAUCCAUGUGGCAUAUUCGACUUCCGACUUGAGGGGGUGACGAGCAUCAGCUGCGACACGCACAAGUACGGGUUCGCUCCGAAGGGCUCCUCCGUUGUGAUGUACCGUAAUGCCGAAUUCCGUCGGUACCAGUAUUACAUUACGACAGGCUGGCCAGGUGGCGUUUACGGAAGUCCUAGCAUGGCUGGAUCGCGACCGGGUUCCCUUAUUGCUGGUACAUGGGCCGCAAUGCAAUACAUGGGUCAAGAUGGGUACCUCAAUUCGUGCAAGGCAAUUGUCGGUGUGGCACGUGAAAUUGCUCGUGCCAUUCGUGAGGAGAUACCCGAGCUGUACGUACUCGGCGAACCACCCGCGAGUGUCGUAGCGUUCGCGGCGCGAGACCCGGCGGCGCUUGAUAUUCUUGCUGUCGGCGAUCGUAUGAGCGAGCAUGGCUGGCACUUGAAUGGUUUGCAAAAACCAGCUGCGGUGCAUAUUGCAUGUACGCGCCUAACGGUCCCGGUAGUAAAAGAAUUUAUCACGCAACUGAAAGAGUGCGUGCGCGAGGAAUUGGCAAGUCCGUCCAGGAAUAAAGACAAGCAAGGCAACAUGGUUGCAGUGUAUGGGCUUGGGAACUCGAGCGCUGUCGGACCAGCAAUGGUCGAGAAGCUGGUAACAGCCUUCUUGGAUGCGCUGUACAAGGCCUAGUGUGUGUAGAUCACUCCUCUCUUCGGCAAUCGACUAUGGAAAGAAGCCGAGAGGAUUAAUACAGAUUUAUUAAUGGCAGCAGAACUGGCGUGGAUUGGGUUUUGGAUUGGGUGGGUCGGCAAGCUGUCGGAUGAACGCUAUCAAUUCAGAGGCUUCGGAGACAAAUUGUUUUGUUGGUGACGGCGUUUGUUUCGUCAAUGCUUCUGGGCCCCUGGAUGUAGUGUUCCAUUCUUGUGUUUAGCACUUUUGUGGUAGAUGAACUGCGAAUGGAAUCUACAUCAAAGUUCGAGGUUGGCAGUGAAGAUGGGGUCAAAGAUGAAGAUGGAAGGCUAAGAUGGAUGCAGUGGUGUGUGAGUCUGUGAUGUGUGAUGGAAAGGAAGAACUUCAC